AUGCCAGGAUGUCCCAAAGGAGAGUCCACUUGGCGGGAUUUUCCAUUCAAGGACGUGCCAGGCAAGCCCUCUGUGAAGCAGCUGCAGAUUGAGGCCGACGGCGUAGAGUUCGUCAUCUGCGAUCUGAAGAAGCAAAGCUGGGACAAUCCUCCCGACUGGUAUGGCAAGAAGAACUACUUGAUUGCUGAGUCCGGCCAAUACUCCUUGAGGCAUGGACACCUCAGGAGGAUCCGGGAGAGCAAGGUGAUGGUGGUGACGGACUUGGACCAUACGCUUGUUGGUCAUGAGCGGGAUCCAGAGAACAAGCUUUUGGAGGAGUUCAGGAACCUGUGGCUGGGCGAAUAUGCCUUGAACGGUUCAGCCCUGGCUUACUCCACAGGUCGGAGCAAGAGCAUGGCUCUCGAUGUGGCGCAAGAGCGCCAAUUGAUACGACCCGAUCUUUUGAUAUGCGGUGUUGGAACAGAGGUGUACACGGUCCCAUCCCGUCUGCCCAUCCUUGGCUGGUGGGAGGAGCGUGACAGCCUGGAGCUGAUGCCUGAGUGGAAGAGCAAGAUGCUCAACGGCUUCAAUCGUGCCACCGUCGAGGAACUGUUGACCUCGCGGUUCCAAAAGUUCGAGUUGCGGGGCACUCCGGUGGACGAUCCAUACCGCAUACCGACAGCCUACCAGAUGGACGAGGCCUUCGAUGACUCGAAGAAGCUGCUGCAGGAAGCCCUCGGUUCCAGCUACCAGGUGAUCUCCUCCGGGCACGGCGAGUGGAAGCUCAUCGACAUCUGUUCCGCCGAGGCCGGGAAGCUGAAGGCGAUGCAGUUUGCUAUGUCGACGCUCAAGUUUGAACCGGCGAAGACUCUGGCUUGCGGAGACAGUGGCAACGAUGAGCUGAUGUUUAGGAAUUCUGGUGGCCGCGGGGUGAUGGUGGCCAAUGCUCUGCCAGAGCUGGUGGAGGCUAUGACCGCAGCCGCAGACCCCCCCACAAAGGAAUUGAGGAGAGGAGCCGAGUUUAAGACUUGCCACGGAAGCACCAUGCUGUUCGCAGGACGCGAGGUCGCUGGGGGCAUUGUGGAAGCUCUCCAGUACUUCUUUCCCUGA